AUGAGUACUUUAUCCCUUAAAGAGCCUCAUGUUUUAGUCAUCUCGUACCCUGCCCAAGGCCAUGUUAACCCAUUGCUCCAGUUCUGCAAACGUUUGGUCUCGAAAGGGAUCAAAACAACAUUUGCAACAACUUUUUCCUUCUCCAAAAGUGUUCAUAUUGACCAUAAUACCCUCAUAACCUUUGAAACAUUCUCUGAUGGGUUUGAUGAUAACGGCCCUGAUCAAUUCGUGCCACCAGAUGUUUACUUUCCAAAGCUUCGAGAAGUGGGCCCGAAGUCAUUAUGUGAUCUUGUUCAAAAACUAGAUGGUCUCGAUGCACUCAUUUAUGAUGGGUUUUUGCCAUGGGCCCUUGAUGUUGCAAAACGAUUUGAGAUAGUCAGAGCUGUCUUCUUCACUCAAACUUGUGCUGUAAAUAGUAUUUACUACAAUGUCAACAGAAAGCUUCUUGAGCUCCCAUUGUCAAAUUCUGUAGUUUCGGUUCCUGGAUUACCACCUCUUGAGAAGUGGGAAACUCCUUCAUUUGUGCACAAAUUCGAGCUAUAUCCUGCUAUUUGUGAUUUAGUUUUGAGCCAAUUUACCAACAUUGACCAGGCAGACUAUGUGUUCUUCAACUCGUUUUACAAACUGGAGGAAGAGGUGGUCGAUGUGAUGGCAAAGUUGUGGCGUGUGAGAACAGUUGGCCCAACUCUUCCAUCAAUGUAUCUUGACAAGCGACUUUUAGAUGAUAAAGACUACAUAGUAAAUCUCUUAAAGCCAAAUCAUAGCGAAUGCAUGAAUUGGCUAAGCAACAAACCAAAAAGAUCAGUUGUUUACUUAUCGUUUGGGAGUUUAAUCCAGCCUGGAGCCAAGCAAAUGAACGAAAUAACACGUGGUUUGAUUGAUGGUGGGUUCAACUUCUUGUGGGUAGUUAAGUCGUCCGAAGAAUUCAAGGUCCCAACAGAGAUAGUCGAUGGAAAGUCAAAUAACGGUUUAGUAGUGACUUGGUGCCCACAAUUAGAAGUGUUGGCGCAUGAGUCAAUAGGAUGUUUUGUUACACAUUGUGGGUUCAACUCGGUCCUUGAAGCGAUUGGGUUGGGUGUGCCGAUGGUAGGAAUGCCUCAAUGGUCUGAUCAAACUACAAACGCUAAAUACGUGGAAGAUGUUUGGGGAGUUGGGGUUCGGGCUAAGCCCAAUGCCAAUGGGCUAGUGAGUAGACAAGUGUUGGAUUCUUGCAUAAGGGAAGUCAUGGAAGGAGAGAAAAGCAUUCGUAUCAAGAAAAACAUGAUUAGAUGGAGUGAUUUGGCGAAAGAAGCUAUUGAGGAAGGCGGAAGUUCAGACAAAAACAUCGAUGAGUUUGUAGAAGAAUUGGGUAAACGGAAAACCUGA